ACACGCUGCACGCCAAACAGGAAACCACGUGUUUCUUCCAGGAAACAGUUUGAAGAGAAGUACCAGCAUUGAGUUGCCCGAUAGAUUAAAACAUUUAAAGGGUUUGUCUUCUGUAAACCGCUUUAUCUGACAUUUCUUAAACAUGUCGUCGUUCAGGAAAGCCUUGAAAUCCCGACAGAGAAACCACCAUGAAAGAUCUCAGCCUGCAUUUAGAUCGCAUUUGGGAUUGCUGGAGAAGAAGAAAGACUACAAACUCCGUGCAGAUGACUACAACAAGAAACAAAACACCCUCACAGCCCUCAAGAAGAAAGCUCUGGAGAAGAAUCCAGAUGAGUUUUACCACAAAAUGAUCAGAUCGCAGAUGAAGGAUGGCGUUCACACAUUUAAAGAGGAGGAACCGGUGACAGAGGAGCAGAAGAAAAUGAUGAGGACACAAGAUAUCCGAUACGUGGAAAUGAAGAGGGUGGCGGAGGCGAGGAAAAUUGAGCGGAUGAAGGCAAACCUCCAUCUUCUGGCGGCAGAUGGAGCCCAAAAAAACAAGCAAAUCUUUUUUGUGGAUUCCAAAAAGGAAGUGGAGUCAUUUAACUUGGCCAAACACCUCAACACCCUCCCCAAGCUGGUGCAUCGAGUGUACAACAGACCGACGGUGGACACGCUGAGGACCAAGCACUUUCACGGAGCUGUCCAGCCCGCCAACCUAAAGGCGCUGUCCAAGAAACAGUCCAAUGAGUACAAGCUUCUUUCCCAGAGGAUUGACCGGGAAAAGAAAUUGUUUGUCAUCAGCCAGAAGAUCCAGACCCGCAAGGACCUGCAGGAUAAAACCAAGAGGGUGAAAGUAAGGAAGGAGACAACUCACGCAGCUGCCAUCUACAAGUUUGAGACCAAGAGGAAGCGCUGAUUCGCCUCAAUGCUGGACUUUAUUGCUGCUAUUAGUUUUGGUAAACAAGUACUCUUUUUCUGUCUGGUGGUUAUUAAACAUUAAAAUAUACUUGACAUCA